UCUCUUUGUUUUAACAAAUAAUGAGAAUAUUGAUAUGGUUGGUGCUGACAGGACCCACUUGUAGUUGUAGAUUCCACUAUCAUCUUUGUGUUAGCAUAAUGAUGGAAGAAGGUUGCUUUGAUUAUAAAACAUAGCUUAACGGUAACUUAAGCUUACAUGAUUAUAUUUGUAUUGGUUAUCUGAAAUGAUUUUGUACUUAUUUGGAUAUGUAUCACUCAAAUGUUUUAAUAACUAAAAAGUAUUUUCAGAAAAAGAGACAUACCAGCCGUUAAAUUGACUUCGAAGUAAAGGAAAAAUUGAUUAAAAGCAAAUGAAACCAACUCUUCUUGGUAGCACUCGUGUUCCUAUUGGCGCACUUUCCAUACACAUUUUGUCUUUCUUGAAUUUGAUCAAAUAAUGAUUAAUCUUGUCUCACAAGGAAGCUACUUUAAACUAUUUGUUCUCUAAUAAAUUUCACUUAAAUAUCAAACUUCAAGAACUCAUGUAUUUUGAGGAACAAUGGUGGCUAAAACAACCACCAUGACUGCUACUUCGCGGUUGCUCUUGUUCUGUCUCUCUUACUCCUUCACUGUCUUCUCAAUGGUUUCAUCAGUCACUGACCCUCGUGAUGCCGCAGCUCUUCGUUCUUUGAUGGAUCAAUGGGACAACACGCCGCCUAGCUGGGGAGGCUCUGAUGAUCCUUGUGGAACUCCUUGGGAAGGUGUUUCCUGCAACAGUUCAAGAAUCACUGCGCUGGGUUUGUCAACAAUGGGUCUCAAAGGAAGGCUUAGUGGGGACAUUGGAGAACUAUCUGAACUAAGAUCCUUGGACCUUUCGUUCAAUCCAGGACUCACAGGUUCACUUACUUCCCGUUUAAGAGACCUGCAAAAGCUCAACAUUCUUAUACUUGCUGGAUGUGGCUUCACUGGUAGCAUCCCCAAUGAGAUUGGUUACCUUAAAGAUCUAUCUUUCUUGGCAUUGAACUCGAAUAACUUCACUGGUAAAAUUCCAGCGUCUCUAGGAAACCUCAGCAAAGUCUAUUGGUUGGAUCUUGCGGAUAAUCAGUUGACAGGACCCAUUCCUAUCUCAUCAGGCUCUAGUCCUGGUCUUGAUCUUCUGUUAAAAGCCAAACACUUUCACUUCAACAAGAACCAGCUCUCAGGCACUAUUCCACCAAAACUUUUCAGCUCUGAGAUGAUAUUGAUCCAUGUAUUAUUUGAUGGAAAUCAAUUCACAGGGAGCAUACCUUCCACUUUGGGACUCGUUCAGACACUAGAGGUUCUUCGUCUUGACAGAAACACUCUGAGAGGAAAAGUUCCAGAGAAUCUUAGCAAUCUCACAAACAUCAUUGAACUGAACUUAGCUCACAACAAGCUGGUAGGAUCAUUACCAGAUUUGUCAGACAUGAAAUCUCUGAACUAUGUAGACCUCAGCAACAACUCAUUUGAUCCAUCAGAGUCUCCUCUAUGGUUUUCAACCUUACCUUCACUGACCACACUGGUGAUGGAAUAUGGGGCUCUUCAUGGACCAUUGCCUAAUAAGCUCUUUGGAUACCCACAGCUUCAGCAAGUGAAACUGAGAAAGAAUGCAUUCAAUGGAACACUGAGCUUAGGAGACACAGUAGGUUCAGAGCUACAACUAGUUGAUCUGCAAGAUAAUGACAUCUCCUCUGUAACACUAAGCUCUGGAUACACCAAUACAUUAAUACUCGUAGGAAACCCUGUAUGCACAACAGCUCUCUCCAACACAAACUACUGCCAGAUUCAGCAGAAACAAGCCAAACGUAUCUACUCGACCAGUCUUGCAAACUGCGGAGGAAAAUCUUGUCCAUUAGACCAAAAGGUCAGCCCUCAGAGCUGCGAAUGCGCCUACCCUUAUGAAGGCACAUUCUACUUCAGAGGGCCUAUGUUCAGAGACCUGACCAAUGCGAACACAUACCAUUCACUAGAGAUGAGCUUGUGGGUGAAGCUAGGACUCACUCCAGGAUCAGUCUCUCUACAAAACCCUUUCUUCAAUAAUGAUGAUUAUCUCCAGAUACAGCUGGAGCUUUUCCCAUCUAUGGGAAAGUAUUUCAACAGAAGUGAAGUACAGAGAAUUGGAUUUGACUUGAGUAACCAAACUUACAAACCUCCUCCACUGUUUGGACCUUACUAUUUCAUUGCAUCUCCCUACACUUUCCCAGCUGAAGGUAAUGGACAUUCCUUGAGCUCUAGGAUGAUCACUGGGGUAAUAACUGGUUGCACCGCUUUGGUUCUGUGCCUUGUUGCCCUAGGGAUAUACGCAUUUUGGCAGAAGAGACGUGCAGAGCAAGCUAUCGGUUUGAGUAGACCAUUUGUUUCAUGGGCAUCUAGUGGGAAAGACAGUGGUGGUGCGCCGCAGCUGAAAGGGGCUAGAUGGUUCUCCUAUGAAGAACUCAAGAAGAUCACCAACAACUUCUCCAUUAGCAGUGAGUUGGGUUCUGGAGGUUAUGGUAAGGUGUAUAAAGGAAUGCUCUCGGAUGGGCAGAUGGUGGCUAUAAAAAGAGCACAGCAAGGAUCAACACAAGGAGGUCACGAGUUCAAAACAGAGAUUGAGUUGCUUUCUAGAGUUCAUCACAAGAACCUGGUCGGGCUCGUUGGGUUUUGUUUCGAACAGGGAGAGCAGAUUCUGGUGUACGAGUUCAUGUCAAACGGAUCACUAAAAGAUAGCUUAACAGGACGAUCAGGUAUUGCUUUGGACUGGAAAAGGAGGCUAAGAGUGGCUCUAGGAUCAGCAAGAGGACUAGCUUACCUCCACGAACUGGCGGAUCCUCCCAUCAUCCACAGGGACGUGAAGUCAACCAACAUUCUUUUGGAUGAGAAUCUCACUGCCAAGGUUGCUGACUUUGGUUUGUCCAAGCUUGUUUCUGACUGCACUAAAGGCCAUGUUUCAACCCAAGUCAAAGGGACAUUGGGAUAUUUGGAUCCAGAAUACUACACAACACAGAAACUCACAGAGAAGAGCGACGUGUACAGCUUCGGCGUCGUGUUACUAGAACUGAUCACCGCGAAACAGCCGAUAGAGAAAGGCAAGUACAUUGUCCGAGAGAUCAAGCUCGUGAUGAACAAGAACGACGAGGAGUUCUACGGGCUGAGAGACAAGAUGGACCGUUCGUUGAGAGACGCCGGAGCUCUGCCGGAGCUCGGACGUUACAUGGAGUUAGCUCUAAAAUGCGUAGAUGAGACGGCGGGUGAGAGGCCGACGAUGAGCGAAGUGGUGAAGGAGAUCGAGAUUAUUAUACAGAACAGUGGAGCUAGUACUAGCAGCUCCUCCGCGUCGGCGUCGGAUUUAGGAGGGGUGAGAGGUGGAGAUAAGGUUUUGUAUGGAGAGAAUGUGAGGAAGAAAGAAGAAGGAGCUUUUGAUUAUAGUGGUGGCUACUCUGUUAUGACAAAAGUUGAGCCCAAGUGAUGAUGAAGAAACAAACACCUCUUUGAGUUUCCUUCUUUUGUGUCAGAAAAGAGACAAUGAGCAAAGCAUUAAACGGAGUUAUGAAAGUUAAUGUAAUCAUUAAUUUCUUUUCAAAAUGAUAUAUUAGUAUAUUACUAAUGGUUUCUUAACAAAUUCUGGUUAUAUAAA